UUUGUUUUAUGAUGUGAUAAGGCCGCGCACUCUGGGUUCAAUAGCCAAGGUAGAGCGAAGGCCGACGCCAGGUCGGAGGUCGAGGCGGGGUCGAAUGUGCGCGGAGGGUGCAAGCACCUGCAGGCUAAAGCUGGGCACGCGGCAGUAACUUCUUCGCUCUUCUGCUACCUUUUCUCUUCCCUCCACCUCUUCCCCUCUUUCUUUUGUCCUAUUGUGAUGAUACCCAUGGGGGGAUGCAUGGAAUGAGAAGGGAAGGCCUCUGUUAGGUCCAAAUGACCUAAGGCAUAUGCUUGGUAGUUGGCGUGGUUUAGAGUCUUCUUCCCACGUUUUCGAUUAGUACCAAAAUACCUCCAAUACUUCUCAAUUCCACCAUUUUCUUCUCUCUGUAAUUCUCUGUAACCUUUCUCUCAUAAAUCAGAAUAAACUCAGGAAUUAUUCUCCAUUUUCUUAAUUCUCCUGCAUAUUCUGAUAGAAAUUUUCCAAUUCACUUUAGAAUUCUAGAAGUUCUUUAUUUUUUUUUCUUUAUAUCAAAGUGGUAUCAGAGCUACUGAAUUCUUGGCUGUGGGUUUCGCAAUGGCUGAAGGAACUCGACACAAUGUCGCCAUUAGGGAUGUUGAAGAAGCUUGGAACAAACGAAUUACCACCAUGGAUGAGAAGCUAGAACAAAUGUUUGGGGCUAUGAAGGAGCUUAUCCUUAAUAUUUCUCAUAUCGAGGAUCAAAUGCUAACUUCGGGGGCACACCAAAUGCUCGACAAAAUGGCAAAGAGAAUCUUGAGGAUGAUUUCCAUUUUGGUUCUUUUGUGUGAUAAUGUGAAGGAGUGGCUCUAUAAAUGUGAUCAAUUUUUUUUCAUUGAUAACACUCCUGAAAACAUUAAAGUGAGAUUGGCCUCCAUCCAUUUGGAUGGAAAGGGUCUCCAAUGGCAUCAUGCAUUUGUCAAAUCUUUGCUGACUACUUUUUUGCCCUUCUGGAGUGAUUAUGUCAAAAUUAUGAGUGAUAGAUUUAGAGAAGUUUAUGAUGAUCCCAUGUCUGACUUAAAGAAUUUACAACAAACUGGGUCUGUUAAGGGUAUCACAAUCAAUUUGAUGUAG